UUCAAAGUAGCAAUACAUUAUAAUGAUAAAACUAGCUAAAAUCCAACAGUCUAGUUCAAGUUAAGCAAGUGUAGCAUAUCAUGUAAAAGAACCAGAGUAAUCCAGAACUAGAGUAAUCCAACGGCUAUAUCAAACGUGAUCUUCAAAGAGAUAAUCUGAUCUGAAAACUGACAGAAGCUAGUCCAAGGAGUAAAAUUCUUUCCGGGAAUGCUGAAAUUUGAUGCUGGUGGCUAUGUCUGCCCCAAACCUAGUUUUCCUUGAAAUCUCGCAACGGCUGUAUCUCUCAAACAACACCAGAUAAACCAAAUCUGGAUAGUGAGGCUGUAGAGUAGGGUAAGGCGCACAACAUAUCUGAAUUUGAGCAAAAUCUAAUGGUGACCGGAGAAGUUAUGACUCCGGCAACCCAUUGUUUCUCUUAUCUCUCUUUCAGACCUUCUCUCACCAAUUUUUCCCUCUUGUCGUGUUUUGUGUGUAGAAAUUACCUUCUCCUUCUUUCAUGUGUAGGUUGUUCGUUGGGGGCGUUCUGUGUAUGCCAACAUUCAGAAAUUUAUCCAAUUCCAGCUUACUGUUAAUGUUGGAGCUUUAGUAAUCAAUGUUGUUGCCGCGAUCUCUUCUGGUGAUGUUCCUCUAAAUACAGUGCAGCUUCUAUGGGUCAAUCUUAUCAUGGACACUCUCGGGGCACUUGCAUUGGCUACAGAACCACCAACAGAUCACCUUAUGCAUAGGACACCAGUUGGUCGGAGGGAACCUCUCAUAACAAACAUCAUGUGGAGGAACUUGCUCAUACAGGCUCUAUAUCAAGUUGCUGUUCUCCUUGUGCUCAACUUCCGGGGCUUGAGUAUUCUUAAUUUGAAUCACGACGACAAGAAACAUGCUACAAUUGUGAAGAAUACAAUGAUAUUCAAUGCAUUUGUUCUCUGUCAAGUUUUCAAUGAGUUCAAUGCUCGAAAGCCAGAUCAAAUAAAUGUCUUUAAAGGAGUAACAAAAAACCGUUUGUUUAUGGGAAUAGUUGGAUUCACCGUCAUCCUUCAGAUAAUCCUCAUUGAAUUCACUGGAGACUUUACCACAACUGUGAGACUUAAUUGGAAACAAUGGCUUAUAUGCGUUGCCAUCGGCAUUGUCAGCUGGCCUCUUGCUGCAGCUGGAAAACUCCUUCCAGUACCAAAGACUCCACUAUCCAAGCACUUUAGAAAGCCAUUUCGACGAUUAAGAACUGCUCGGAAUGCAUAGAUGUCUUAAUGAAGGCAUGCAUUAAAUUGAUAAACCUGACAUGGGGCACUGAUGCAUACAUACAUAUAUAUAUAUAUAACCUAACCAUUAACAUGGUAAGAAGAUUCUUCAAUAGUGUUAAACAACUAUAAACAGUUAAGUCGUGCUAUAUCCUCUCCGAUUACUUCAAUUGUAAAUUAAGAUACAAACAAGUAGAUUUGCCCUUUUCAUUUUGAAAAUACUUGUACUAGAUAGACAUGUACUUUCAUAUCGCUUAAAGUGUCAUUUUAUUGUGAUUAAAGCGUAACUAGUGAUAUUUUAUCGGAUACUUGAUGUAAUUCAUUCUGAAAAAAGAAUGGAAAUAUAUUUGUAUGUGUCAA